AUGGGCGGCGACGACAGACGAGCAAGUCUCUCCAGCAUGGAGCAGACCGGCAAGAAAUCCAAGCUAGGAGCUGUCUCGGGCGUUUACAUACCCGUCUGCCUCAACAUAUUCAGCAUUCUCAUGUUUCUCCGUUUCGGCUGGAUCCUCGGCCAAGUCGGGCUCCUGGGCAUGCUUGGACUGCUGGUCACGGCCUACCUUGUGGACUUUUUGACGACACUCUCGUUGUCUGCUAUAGCUUCAAACGGCGAGGUCAAGGGCGGGGGCGCCUACUAUGUCAUCUCGAGGUCUCUCGGCCCCGAGUUUGGCGGUUCCAUUGGCGUGCUGUUCUAUCUCGCCCAGGUUCUCAAUACUGCCCUCAACGUCGUCGGUCUGAUUGACUGCAUCAAAUUGAAUGUUGGAGAGUCCUUCCCUCAGGGAUACUGGACCGUCUAUCUUCUCCAGACCUUGGCCUUGCUGCUCUGCGCCGGAUUGUGCCUCGCGGGGAGUGGCACAUUUGCCAAGGCCAGCAAUGCGCUGCUUGUCAUACUCACGCUUGCCAUCGUUAGCAUCCCCAUAUCUGCCGCUUUCAAGUCUCCAUUCCACGAUAGUGAGCUCGGCGUGCGCUUCACCGGGUUCAGUGUCGAAACGUUAGUCGACAACUUUGCCCCUCACACAAGAAGCGAGUCGUAUAAGGGGUUCGAAACUUUCCGAGAGGUUUUCGCCAUCUUGUUUCCCGCAACGUCAGGAAUCUUUGCAGGCGCUUCGAUGUCGGGAGACUUGCAUAACCCCAGCAAAGAUAUCCCGAAAGGGACUCUCUGGGCAAUGAUGACCACCUUCAUUGCGUACCUUGUUGUAGUCUUCUCCAUGGCUGCCACCACGACGCAUGCCUCGUUUCUGAACAACACAAACAUCAUUUCGGUCACAAGCUUGUCAAUGCCGCUGAUUCUUGCCGGGGAGUGCGCCGUCACUUUUUUCUCUGCCGUCAUGGGACUGAUAGGGGCGGCCAAACUUAUGCAAGCACUGGCGAGGGACAAGCUGCUCCCGGGCUUGCUGCCCUUUUCCCGGGGCACAAAGAGGGCCGAUGAACCAGUCCAAGCAAUUCUCCUGACCUAUGCACUUGCUCAAGUUGCCAUGUUCGCAAAUUUGAACCAAAUUGCAACUCUCAUUUCCAUGGGUUACCAGAUGACAUUCUUUGUCAUGAAUCUGGCCUGCUUUCUACUCAAGAUAGGCUCGGCCCCUAAUUUCAGGCCAGCUUUCAAAUUUUUUAGUUGGGAGACAGCCUUCGCUGGGAGUAUCAUGUCUGCGGCGGCCAUGUUCUUCAUCGACCAGACAUACGCGGCUACCGCAGUUUGCCUGCUCGUCUCCCUCUUCUGCCUGAUUCACUACCUCAGCCCGCCCAAGCGCUGGGGUGACGUAUCGCAGAAUCUGAUAUAUCAUCAAGUGAGGAAGUACCUCUUGCGAUUACGACCCGAGCACAUCAAGUUUUGGAGACCACAGAUCAUCCUACUCAUCAACAACCCGAGAAGUCAAACCCGACUGAUUCAGUUUUGCAAUUCGGUCAAAAAGGGGGGUCUGUACAUACUCGGCCAUGUCAUUGUGACGGACGACUUUAACAGCGGCGUUCACGAAGCAAGGCUCCAGCAGGCGGCGUGGACCAAGUACAUCUCGGAAUUCUCCCGGAUCAAGGCGUUCGUGCAAUUAACAAUGUCCCCAACCAUCACCUGGGGCAUCCGGAACCUGAUUUUGUCAGCCGGACUGGGCGGUAUGCGGCCAAACAUUGCCGUCAUGGGAUUCUACAACAUGGAUGAGCUUCGAAGCUCGCGUCCAUCGGUUCAGGUCCCCAAGCCUCCCAGCCCAACCGUUCCCAACGUCCAUCGCCCACCAAAAACCAAGGAAAGGCCUGUACGAAGGAGGCGAGGCGACACAUCGGCGCGUCUGAUGGAUGGGUUCCUUCCUACGGAUGUCAUCAAGACCGAGGGCAUGAUGAGUGUGACCAGCUACAUGACCAUGCUGGAAGACCUGGCUUUGAGGUAUAAGCUCAAUGUCGCUAUCGGAAAGGGUUUUGAAGAACUGGAGACCCCGCGGAAGGACAAUGCCAACAUCAAAAGACAUAUUGAUCUCUGGCCGAUCCAAAUGUCGGCCGAGGUCUUGUCCGAUGGUAAAAGUGUUCUCACAACUAAUUUCGAUACAUAUACUCUGAUUCUCCAGCUCGGCUACAUCCUCUACAGUGUUCCCACAUGGCACAAAGUCUACAACGUCCGCGUUAUGGUGUUCGUGGAAUACGAAAGCGAGGUCGAGGAGGAGAGAGCGCGCGUCAAGGCAUUGCUUGACAAGCUACGAAUAGAGGCCGAGGUCAUCGUCUUCUGGCUGGCUUCCGGAAAUCUGAACACCUACGAGCUGAUUAUCAACGGGCAGUCCAAUGAUAUCGAGUCCCAAAUCAUGGUUCACGACAUACUCAAAGAAGAAGAGUGGUGGGAUGACCUUCAGAAAUUCCGAGGUCGAGAGCCAAACCUGGACUCGACAGAGGAGCUCACGUCUUUCGCAAACAUCAUUGAGUCCACGGCUGGACGUCCUGGUGUUUUCAACCCCCAUGUGCCAUUGGAGGAUAUCGAAUCUGGACGGCGUCCAAGUCUGGUGCACUUUGGAGAGAUCCCUAGAAAGCCGACAGUAUCCAACCUUUCUCGACUGGGCGUCAGUGUUGGUAUCCACACGUCUCACUUGGGAGAUGAGAUCUUUGAAGAAGAGUCCAACUCGGACGGCGAAAUCAGCGAACAGGAACAGCAGCCGUCCUGUCUGGAUUCCGACUCCGAAUUCGAAAACGGCGACGGUGAGUACAGCGACGACGAGAUGCCCGAAUUCGAAGCUCCACGGCGUCCGUUGUUAGCCGGACAGGGACGGGGGCGAGGGCGAGGGCGAAGCCAGAGCGACGACUUGCUCAUGGGCUCUGCCAAACAACGACGUGGUGUGUCGAGCAAGAGCGCCGCGCCGGCGACGGACUACGGGACCAUGGUCUCGCAGGCCAGGGCCGAAGGACAGUCGGGAACAAGCCACAUUGGACCUGUCGACAACAUUUCGGCGCCUCCUACCCCGCUUGAACGACCCGUGUUGGAUCGCAACAUCACUGCCCGCUCUCUGGGCGGGUUCCGGUCGGCAGGUGUAAAAACAUACUAUGAUGUGACGCCGGGAAGCGCAUCUGGAUACGCAACCCCCGCAAGACCGACACUGUCUCGGCAAUCGUCCGCGGUGCGCUUCUCGAGUCGGCCGGUGCCGGAAACGAGGACAGAUGUCGAAGGGACAUCAGGACCAACCAUCAUGUUCGCGGACACCACAGAAGAAGAGACACCGAGAGCGGAACAACCCGCCUUCUCGAGGCAGACCUCUUCAGGACGGGUCCCCAGCCGCCCCGUGCCCGAGAUGAAGGUUACGGCGGCUGACGAGCCCAGCUACCCGACCAGUACGUUUCCGGAACCUUCGUGCAGAUCGCGCAAAGCUUCCGUCGCAUCAACAACCGAUCCUGGCUACGUCCACAUGAACAUGGCGGAGCUUGUGGGACGCUAUCGAUUAGACUCGAGAGUCGACGGGUCCGGAGAGGGUUCGCCUUACUCAACCCAAGGCAUUGCACUCUCGUUCAACGAUCUGCCGUCUCGGGCCCAGCACGUCAUCCUCAACGAGCUCAUGCGGCAGAACAGCAAGGACACGGCCGUGUUGUUCACCACCCUGCCCGUGCCCACCGAGGGAACCUGCCAUGACGAGCAAGCAAGCGUGCAGUAUCUGUCGGAUAUCGAGGUUCUGUGCCACGAGCUCCCUCCCGUCAUGCUGGUACUGAGUAAUAACAUGACUGUCACGGUUGGGCUCUGA